CUAGACACACACCCAUUUAGUUGUUUAUAAACUGUCAUAUUAGAGAGGUUAAAAAAUUAUUGGAAACAACGAGUCACGUGAAUCAGCUGAUAAAUUUUCCUAUCAUUAGUUAAUUAUUUAAAAAUAAUAAAUAUAAACAACCAAGAUUCUAGAUAAUAACAGUGUUAAGUAUUUAAAAAUAAUAAAUUGAAAAUGUCUGUGACGGAAGAAAAAGUUCAAGAGCUUGAUAGGAGUUUUUUAGAAUUUAUGAGUAAGACUGAUAAUGUUGAUCUUGCAACUAAAGAAAUAUAUGACGAUCUUUUGGACGAAGUAUUAAUGGGUUUUGUCUUUGAUGUGCAUCGUACCAUAAAAACAGGUAGUUCGGAUGUUGAAGAAGGUAUCCCAGAUGAUGAGUCGUAUGCUAUAGUUGAUUCACCGGGGUUGGAUGUGUUUGGUCAGCAUCCAAUUAAAAAAACCCAAGAGUGCAACUGUCCGAAUUGUGACCGAGGAGUCGCGGCAUGCAGAUUUGCAACUCACCUAGAAAAAUGCAUGGGAAUGGGCCGGAACAGUUCGAGAAUAGCGUCAAGAAGGAUAGCCAAUAGUUCGAAAGAUAUGAGUAAUUUUAGCGGCAUUGUCAGUGACGACGACGAUGAUGCUGAUUGGAGUGUCGCCAAUGACAAAAGAAAGCGCAGAAAAGAUCGCAAUGGGAUUAAAAAAUCAAAGCAGCCAAGAAACUCCCAAAAAAAUGGUGACGCACAGUCUGGCGAGCUUCAGAUGAGUAACGAAAAUUCUCCGUCCAAUUACGACAAUAUGUCAUUAGAGGAUAAACGAGCAUUGCUGGGUCAAAUAUGCGGAGUUAUUUCGGAGCAUACAAAAAAACUCUGUACACGUUCUGUUCGCUGUCCUCAGCAUUCUGACGAUCAACGGAAAGAAAUGAGAGCGAAUUUGGAGCUCAGUGAAAGCACACGAAUUAAUCAAGAUAAUUUUCAGAUAGACGUCGACAUGUUUGAUGAAAAUGAUGGACAGCAAUUGCGAGAAACUCUUUCGAGAUGGGAGUGCGAGGGCUCUAAUCAGUCUAGUCCAGCUGAUUCUGCGUCGACUACUUCUAAUUCCUCGUUCACGAGAAAACGCGAGGGGAAAUCUAAGGGCAAAGGCAAAGGCGGAAAACGAGACCGAGUGUCCCCUAUUUCUCAAGGCGACUAAUUCAUUGAUUAUUUAUAUUCAUAUCAUAGUUGUUAAGUUAUUGUUUUAUUGGUAUGACUCUAAAUAGCCUAGUUUGAUAAUUUAUAAAUAAAAUUGAUUGUAAAUAAUUAUUUAUUGGUCGGCGAUAAAAUAGUGUCAGGUUUUCAUUUCAUAUGAAAAUAAUAAUUAUUGAUUUUUAUCAAUACUAAGUAUUGGAAGUAAUUAUGUGUUAUAUUAAUAAACAUUUGUAGAUUAAUCACUACCGCUAGUGUUAUAGUUAUAUUAAAC